CUCAGUGUAAGAUCCUCAAUGUAUCUGAGAAGAAUCCAGAACAGCUCUGCUAAGCUCUCAUGGGCUAAUGCAACCAGAUCUUUUGCAUCAACUCCAAGCAGUGAUGAAGAUAAUGAGUCCCACGAUGAUUUUAAAUCUAAGAAUAAGCAGGAACUUAGUGACUAUGAGACAACUAAGACCUUCCUUGACAAUACAAUUAUGAAAAACGAUGUUGUGUUGUUCAUGAAGGGAACACCUGUGGCUCCUCAAUGUGGCUUCAGUAACUAUGUUAUCCAAGUAUUCAAAUUCUACAAUCUCAAGAAUUACCACUCAGUAAAUGUACUGGACUCAACACAAAUCAGAGAGGGUGUCAAAAAGUACUCAAACUGGCCAACGAUCCCUCAGCUUUAUGUAAAACAAGAGUUUAUUGGAGGUUGUGAUAUUGUCAAAGAGAUGCACAUGGAUGGAAGUCUUGAGGAUCUCUUACAAAAAGAGAAUUUGCUAUAAUCUCGCCCCAUAUUGCUCAAUAUUUCUGCACUAAAA